AUGAAUCCGAUUCGUAUAGACUCGCCGGACGAACCGUUCACAGCAGUGAGGAAUGUGACAUCCUCAGGGAAGAUCUUCCUGCUGGGCGAAAGGAGUUACAUGCUGAGCCUCUCUUUUAAGUACAACGGAUUCUUGCAUUCAGGAAGUAAGUGCAAUGGGGACGAGGACUACGACUACAAGAAGGUUGAGAUAGUGGAAGAGCAUUCGCUGACAUCGCUGGAACAGUUUCUCUCCAGCAUCGGAGGGAUGGUCGGGCUCUACCUGGGAGUCUCUUUCCUCGGUGUCUACGAAUGCGUGGAAAUUCUUGCAAUUUGGGUCAAGUUUCGACUCCUCAAGGCUCAGAUUCGACACGGAAAUCUAUAAAUUACAUGGGGUAAAUAGUUUUGGUGAGCCUCAUCUCCUAAGUAAGAAUGCCGUAAUAAGGGUAACCAGGAAACCUGGAAUCGAAGCAUUUCUAAAAUUGCAGUUCUCUUUCGUUGUUUGGCAAUUUAAGCUUCCUUAACGGUCGCACGAACUAGAAUUUCUGCCGCUUUCUUGCAUGCGAGGUGCUCACAUAAAUGCAUUUUCAUUACACGUUCGUCUUCUGUAAGAGGGUUUUCAACUGCAACAGCAAAAAUUGAAUUAGCUGAAGCCUCCAAGUAUUGGCAGCAUCGUUAAACGCAAUUCCAUGAUGAAACUGAACUCCGAUUUAAGUAAACAAUUGCAACGUUUUAUUUGCCUACUUAGCAAUUUUUCUUUUUUUGAAAUCUCUAAGUAAAAACGGGCAUGAGGAAGUAUGAACACAUUUCAGAUUUUCUUCAAAUCAUUUGUAGUCGUUUUCAGCAUGACAUUUUCUAAUGCAAUAAUCAUGCAUAUUUUCAUUUUUUUCUAGAAAAUUCAUAUUUAGCAAAUUCACUUAAUAUCAAU